AUGGCUUCUUUUAAUAAUCAUAGAACAGAAAUAAAACAAGAAGAAUUGUGUAGAACAUGUUUGUCUAAAGAUAAUCCAUUAUUGUCGAUAUUUGAUGAACUUACUGGAACGACUACAACUUUAGAUUACAUAGUUACAACAACAACUGGACUUAAGAUAAGCAGAAAUGAUGGCUUACCUUCAACAAUAUGCUGUCAGUGCAAAGAAAAGGCUACAAUUGCAUUUGAUUUUAAGAAAAAGUCUGAAGAGGCUAAUUUGUCUCUCAGAGGAUUUAUUAAGAAAGAAAAGAAAGAAACUUACACAGCAACCAAAAGAAUAAACCAUAAUGAUAUGUCAGGGGUGAAAACCGAAGAAUUAUCAUUACAUGAGGAUGAUGACUUUGAUGACAAUAAUUACAACACUCUUGAUAGUGGUCCGGAUUUAUGUGAGCUAGAUACUGUUAAAACAGAAAUUGAAGUUCCUGAUUUAAAAUUACGCUUCAUUUGCAAAAGUUGUCUGGCUGAUUUCGACUCACCUGACAAAUUAAAGGAACAUGAAAAGAUCUGUAUUAAAGUGGAGUGUGAUGAGACUAAUCGGACUUACUGUCCUCUCUGCGGUACAUGUUAUAAUGGUGCUGGGAACUUAACUAAACACAUGUGGGAAAGUCAUGCUGAUCUGAUGGGACCAAAAAAGAGAGGCAGACCAAAGAAGGUAUUAACAAGUACAAUUCUUAACAAAUUAUCUGAAAACGGAUUUUGUAUAACAUCUAUGCCUGCGAAAAAAAUAGAAUGUGCAUUUUGUAAAGAGCAUUUCGAAACCAAAGAAGAAUUAGGAUCUCACGUAAUAUCUCAUAAAGAUACAAAAGUUUUGCGUUGUGGAUUAUGCAAGAAAGCAUACCUUGAUAAGGAAAAUUUUGAUCUACAUGUUUGUGUCAAUGAAAAAGAAGACAGCGAAAAUGAAACUGACAAAAGCGAACAGAAUGAAAUAAUUGAAAAAGUGCCAUUAGAAAUGACAUUACGGCAAAUUUUCGAACCAGACGUAAAUUUGGAGAAUUUCAAUUUACUUUUAGUAUGUAGUGCGUGCAACUGCAUACUGCAAUCGGAAGCGGAUCUCAUUAACCAUCGUGAUGCUGAGCAUCCUGAACUAUCCCAUCGCUGCAAUCUUUGUACCAAGGUAUUUGCAACUUUACGUUCUGCUGCGCGUCAUAGAAGCAUUUGUAAACAAAUUGAAAGAAAACAUAAGUGUACCACUUGUGGCUUAAAGUUUGCUUAUCAAAUAUCUUUAAAUAAACAUAUACUAAGAUAUCAUGAGGGUCAAAGUGUGUCAGUGAAAUUUAUAGACUCUAAAUCCAAACGCGAGGAAAGCCAGUUUCAAUGUGAUACUUGUAAACGAAGCUUUAGCAAGCGAGAAUUACUUGUAAAGCAUACUAAAAUACAUAUGCCAAUAGAAAACUAUUUUGAAUGUGAUGUCUGUGAAAAGAAGUUCCACAGGAGAGACAACUUACGCUCUCACAAACGAGUGCAUGACCUGCACCGUGAUAAGAAGCCAACAAAUAACUGUUUAUGCCUUUACUGUGGCCGCAGUUUCUCAAACUCUUCAAAUUUAAUUGUGCACAUGCGACGACAUACUGGAGAGAAGCCCUACAAAUGUGAUUUCUGUGGCAAAGGAUUUCCAAGAUCUUCUGAUCUUCAAUGCCAUAGACGAUCUCACACGGGCGAGAAACCAUGCGUCUGUCGUGUUUGUGGCAAAGGGUUUUCGCGCAGCAACAAGUUGUCACGUCACAUGCGUGUACACACUGGCCAAAGGCCAUACAAAUGCACUUACUGCGAGAAGGCAUUCUCACAGAGCAACGAUCUCAACUUGCACAUACGUCGACACACGGGAGACCGACCCUACAUCUGCGAAGUCUGCGGUGACAGAUUCAUUCAGGGUACAGCAUUACAAAACCACAGAAGAGCUCAUGGUCACUUUCCUGCUCCCCCUGCUGAGACACCAACAUCCAACGUACAAUCUUUAACUUACACAGUACAGGCUAUAAAUCCCAAUAGUCAAUAA